AGAUUUGAGACAAAUACGCCUGCAAUGGAAGAAAAAUGUAAUUUAUUCACUAAGGAUAUACUCAGUGUUCUGUUUUCUGACUGGAAAAUAUUUGUCGCACUUUUCUUGCAUUAACUUGCGGUAACAUCUGGGUUUGCCAUGUCUCACUUAGAAGGUAACCUAGUUUAUGGAAACAUCCCGUUCCUCUGGUGUUAGUGGGGACACACACAGUCGCAUCAGUGAGACUGAGGGGGGGACUGAACCCCGCUUUUCAUCCGUGCAUGUUGCAGCAGUGUUCAUUUCAGACGGUGUCUCUGUCAUGUUUUUGCGCCCUUCGGUCAUUAUAAAUCAUGUUUAGUAAGACUGGGUGCAAAUGUUGGGCUCUUAUCGUAUUUUGCGGUAGGGCUGUUGCAGUGCUGCGCCAGUCCUUCUCCUUGGAGAGCCAGGCACUUUGACCAGACGCGGCUCGUCACUGAUUAAUUAAGGGCUUGCAAAAUGUCAGAUCAGUCUGGUAAUUAAACUCAGAAUACAUGCAUGCAAAAAAAAAAAGAAGGAAAAAAAAGAUAUUUGGUAUCUGCAUAGCGGCUAUCAGACGAAAGUCUAAACGGAUUGCAGGAGAGGCGACAAAAAGUCAAUGGUUUUUCGCUUUCUGGGAACAUGUCUUUCAUUGACCUGUUCCAGUGGAAACCGUCUCAGCCUGGUAACUGGGGGAUUGUUGAGUUGUGUCAACCAUCAGUAAAAUCUUUGUCAGACUCUCUCCUGCAUCUUCCAGGUUGCAUUGAAGCAACUGUCUCAGCUGUCCCACUAAUGCUACCCCCUUGACAUACAACAAACACCCUGAAAACCAAGUUGGAAAUGGAUAAUACUGAGAUGAGUUUUAUUUCAAGCCUUCCACCGUGCCAUCGGCUCUUGACAUGGUCACCCAAGCUGUUCGACGAACACUAGUACCUUGUGACACUCGUGCACGUACAAUCUGAGAGCUGCCUGUGCUUCAUUACCUCAGUGGACCAUGAUGAUGCUGUGGCUUCUGCUGCUUUUGUCAGUUUGGGCGUGGUGUGAAGGAGCUGACUCCACUGAACGCCGAGUCGUGGCACACAUGCCUGGAGACAUCAUCAUUGGAGCUUUGUUCUCUGUCCAUCACCAGCCUCCUGCUGAUAAGGUUCAUGAGCGCAAGUGUGGCGCGGUUCGUGAGCAGUAUGGCAUCCAGAGGGUGGAGGCCAUGAUGCAUACGUUGGACCGGAUCAACGCCGACCAAAACAUCCUUCCCAACAUCACUCUGGGCUGCGAGAUCCGGGACUCGUGUUGGCACUCGGCUGUGGCUCUGGAGCAGAGCAUCGAGUUCAUACGGGAUUCUCUUGUGUCCUCCGACGAGGCUGAGGAGUGGGGCGGUAUGACCUCGUGGGGAGGAGGAGGAGGAGGUGGCGGCGGAGGAGGAGGAGCGACAAUGAAGUGUGCAGACCCAUCUGCUACUCCGAUGCGGGGGAAGAAACCCAUUGUGGGUUUAAUUGGACCGGGGUCGAGCUCUGUGGCCAUCCAGGUGCAGAACCUGCUGCAGCUUUUCAACAUACCGCAGAUCGCCUACUCUGCCACCAGUAUGGACCUCAGUGACAAGAGCCUUUAUAAAUAUUUUAUGCGAGUGGUCCCUUCAGAUGCUCAGCAAGCACGAGCCAUGGUGGACAUUGUCAAAAGAUACAACUGGAGCUAUGUGUCUGCUAUCCACACUGAAGGAAACUAUGGUGAGAGUGGCAUGGAGGCAUUCAAAGACAUGGCGGCCAAGGAGGGCAUCUGUAUAGCCCACUCAGGUAAAAUCUGGAGCAACGCUGGAGAACAGAGCUUUGAUCGUCUGCUGUUGAGACUGAAGGCACACCUGCCCAAGGCCAGAGUAGUGGCGUGUUUUUGUGAAGGCAUGACCGUUCGCAACAUUCUCAUGGCGAUGAAACGCAAGAAAGUGGUGGGAGAGUUUCUCCUCGUCGGCAGCGACGGAUGGGCAGACAGGUACGACGUGACAGAAGGCUACUCCGAGGAGGCAGCCGGGGGUAUUACCAUCAAGCUGCAGUCGGCGGACGUGAAAUGGUUUGAUGAUUACUACCUUAAGCUCCGUCCUGAAAACAACCACAGGAAUCCUUGGUUUCCGGAGUUCUGGCAGCAUCGGUUUCACUGCAGACUUAAAGGUCAUCCACAGGAGAGCAACAAGUACAACCGCACCUGUGAGAGAAGGGAUUCCCUGCAGACUCAUUACGCACAGGACACCAAGAUGGGAUUUGUCAUUAAUGCUAUUUACUCAAUGGCAUUCGGGCUGCAUAACAUGCAACGUUCUCUAUGCCCAGGCUAUCAGGGCCUUUGUGAUGCUAUGCGACCCAUAGACGGUGCUACUCUGCUGGACUUCCUGAUGAAAACCAACUUCACUGGCGUGUCUGGAGAGGGAAUUUUAUUUGAUGAAAAUGGAGACUCACCUGGCAGGUAUGAAAUAAUGAAUUUCAAGAAGAUGGGGAGGGACUACUAUGACUACAUCAAUGUUGGCAGUUGGGACAACAGUGGACUGAAGAUAGCUGAUGAUGAAAUCUGGUCCAGCAAAGAAUCCAUCAUUAAAUCGGUCUGCAGUGAACCCUGUGACAAAGGGCAAAUUAAGGUGAUCCGCAAGGGUGAGGUGAGCUGCUGCUGGACGUGCACCCUGUGCAAAGAAAACGAGUUUGUGUUUGAUGAAUACACCUGUCAAGCCUGUAAUCUUGGCUCCUGGCCUAAUGAUGGCCUCACAGGCUGCGACCCAAUCCCUGUGGAGUACCUGCGAUGGAGGGAUCCAGAACCCAUAGCUGCUGUGGUAUUUGCUUGCCUCGGACUAAUGGCUACCUUCUUUGUCACUGCAGUUUUCAUCUAUUUUCGGGACACCCCCGUUGUGAAGUCCUCCAGCCGGGAGCUGUGCUACAUUAUACUAGCAGGGAUUUGCCUCGGAUACCUGUGCACCUUCAGUCUCAUUGCAAAGCCCCAAGUGAUCCACUGCUACCUCCAGCGACUAGGAAUCGGUCUGUCACCUGCCAUGAGUUACUCUGCACUUGUUACCAAGACGAACCGCAUCGCUCGGAUCCUGGCUGGGAGCAAAAAGAAGAUCUGUACAAAGAAACCUCGCUUCAUGUCAGCCUGCGCCCAGCUCAUCAUUGCCUUCCUCCUCAUACUGCUGCAGUUGGGCAUCAUUGUGGCUCUUUUCCUCAUGGAGCCGCCGAAUGUGAUCAACGACUACCCUAGCAUCCGCCAGGUCAACCUUAUUUGCAACACCACUAACCUCGGAGUGGUGGCCCCCCUGGGAUACAAUGGCCUGCUGAUCCUCAGCUGCACCUUUUAUGCCUUUAAGACCCGCAAUGUCCCAGCUAAUUUCAACGAGGCCAAGUACAUUGCUUUUACCAUGUACACCACCUGCAUCAUCUGGUUGGCGUUUGUUCCCAUCUACUUUGGCUCCAACUAUAAAAUCAUCACCAUGUGCUUCAGUGUCAGCCUCAGUGCCACUGUGGCUCUGUGCUGCAUGUUUGUACCCAAGGUGUACAUCAUCCUGGCCAAGCCAGAGCGUAACGUGCGCAGUGCCUUUACCACCAGCACCGUGGUCCGGAUGCAUGUGGGAGAUGGGAAGUCAUCCUCAGCUGCCAGCCGCUCUUCCAGUCUGGUUAACCUGUUUAAGCGUAGAGGCUCUACUGGGGAGACCCUCAGCUCCAAUGGUAAAUCGGUGUCUUGGGCGCAGACCGAGCGCAGCAGUUCUCGAGGCAACCACCUGUGGCAGCGGCUGUCCUUCCACAUCAAGAAGAAAGAGAACAACCAGACAGCGGUCAUUAAGCCCUUCUCCAAAACCUCUGAGGAGCGGUACUCCGGGGGAUCCAACUUGCCUCCGCAUGUACCUCUGCCCUCCCUCUCCUCCAUGUCCUCCCUGCCCACUCAUCCUGACUGUGGCACAGACAAGACUCUCUACGAGCUCUCAGAAGCCGAGGAGCACUACUCGAUCACCUAUCGGCCGCAGACGCCGUCGCCGAUCAGCACCGUCAGCCAGAGGAUAGGAGCCAGUUUGGGGGAGGAGUCCCAAGUGGCCUGCAUUUCUAAGUACUCCAGCAGCGUCUGCAGCGGCGGCAGCAGCAGCAGCUGCGGGCCUCCGAGCAGCGGCUCCGUUGCCGCGGGGAGCGAUGGGCGUCUGGUUGCCAUGGACAACCGUCCACCGCCACGCCAGAAUUCGCUGAUGGAUCAGAUCAGCUGCGUGGUGAACCGCUUCACCGCCAACAUUACGGAGCUCAAUAGCAUGAUGCUCUCCGCCUCGCCGACGCACACGAACAAACACACUCCCCCCGCCGCUCACCCCCCCGAUCCCUACCUGCUGCCCCGGGAGAUCCCGAUGCCCCCGACCCUCACCACCUACGCUGACGUCCAGCCCCUUCCCCAGAUGGAACCCAGUCUGGGCAACCGGGGUGGCUGUCCAGUUCACUCCAUCCCUCGCUCGCCCUACCCCCUUCAGCCUCCUCCUCAUCCCCACACGUCCCCGUCACUCUCCCCCAUAAGAGGAAGCCUAGUCGCCUGCAUCCCCGACUCCCCGCUCAGGAGGGUUGAGCUGGAAGAGGAGCUCAUCGCUCUCACUCCUCCUUCGCCCUUCCGUGACUCUUUGGGAUCCAGCAGUGGCUCCCAGAUCUCAGAGACUGGUUUGUUUGUCCCUCCUGUCCCCAACCACCCGCCCCCUUCUCCUCCCUCACCUAGGUACACCAGACUGACUCUCAGAAACUACAGUCAGAGUUCCUCCUCACUGUGAGGGAGAGGUGAUGAUCCGGAAAACGUAGAUCAAAACAGGACGGACAGACUGGAAUCCAUUCACCACUGUUUGGAGUCAAAACCCGAGGAGACGUCGUCGUGGAGGGCUGGUUGGUGAAGACACCAAGCUGUGUUUGUGUUUACAUGUUUACAGUGAGAUGCGUGUACUAGAGGCCGGCAGGGCGUCGUAUCUUCUCUCCGUCUUUAUUGGGUGAGAAUUGAAAACGGCCGCUCUGACUCGGAGGUGUUUCAGUAACAGCAGAAAUUCUUUCUGGAGGUUCUCUGUCAUUUAGAUUGGGCUAGUGGCCUUACGGUAACUCGGCUGACAACUAAUUACAGAUUCUCUGUGUGCUCGCUUCGGUGGGCCUGAGUGUGUUUUUGCUGUAUCUCAGAGAAGGAGAGGUGACGGGAGUAUGGCAGCAGAGAGUGCCUGUAAGAACUACAAAGGGCACAUACCGAAAUAUAUUUGCUAACACAAAUCACAAAAGUGUGAGCACACGAUUAUAAAUAAAGUGUGUGAGGAAUAGCGGUGGACUUAUAGGACACAUACAUUUUGUCUUCAGUGAUAAAAUCCAAUUAGUGUCUAAUUAAAGUGCAUUGUGUGAACAGUGUUAACAUUCUAAAACGGUGUUAAUCUAGAACAUUUUGUUACAAAAGCUUAGUUCAUUUUGUUCAGCUUUCAUCACAUCAGUGUGUUUUCAUAUUUUCUAGUCUUCUAGUAAGUCUGAAUGUAUAUUUUCUACAUUAUUCCUGAGGCAGUUGGGACCAAAUCUUUUUGUAGCUACGCCUGUAACUUGAGACAGGGAGAACGAAGUUCGGGUGGGGGGGAGGGGUGGCGAGACCAGGCCUCGUUCUUACUGUGAACAUUUUCAGUAUUUAGCUCUCACUCAGGUGGAUCAUUGGGAAGGAUCUGUCCUCGAAGCUUUUCCGCUAAUACGCGUCGUUCAGAAAUACACUUUGAAAGGCUUAGCUGGAUUCCAGUCAUGACAUUUUCCAGAUACAAUAUGUCAGCAGGUGGCAGUAACCUGUUUCAUCUAAAACAGUGCUUUAAAUGGAAUUAGAAUAAAAGUCAUUAACAUUUGCAGAGGAGCACAAAUUGACAGAUUCAAGCUGGCGGUUUCAGUCUUGUAAAAAGUAAUUUGUUGAACAAUCUUUGUCAUUUUAAAAGACAAAUUAAAGUUAUGCAUUUUUUUCCACUUAUCCACUGAAAUGAUGUCAUUUAUCACAAGUUCAAUAAAAAGCAGUAAGGGCAAAUGUUCACAAUCAAGAGUAAAAACACUGACAUGAAUAUCGUCUGGAACCAUGAUAUGCAUUUCUUUAUUUGGGGGGAGAAACUGCUAUCUUGCUGAGAGUGAGGCAGAGUCGAGGCUAGGGUGGUGGAUGCUGUAGUUGCAAUUUGGAAAUUUCCCGGGAUUUUGCUCAUUGGUUCGGCUCUAACUGUUACUAAUGGAUAUUUGACAACACAAUGACAGAUUUUUCUUCUUUGGGAAAAUGGUUUUUGUUUUUUCCCAAGUGGGAAAUCAAAACAAACAAAAAAGAAAAAACUUUUGACUCCAAGUAGUUUGCACCUUGUGAGUUUUCGAAGCCAAGUUCAGUCUGUGAUUGGUAACAAUUGCAACACCGUGCAACCCUCGGUAAAUACUCAUUUUUUUGUCCAUCAGAGUUUCAUCAGUGUUAAAAGAAACUUAUUGUUCAGUAGCUUUUUAUUAAUUAUUAGCAUAACAGUAUGUGAUAUUACUGUGAAAUCACUUGAAUAAACCAGAACUAAAAGAAUAAUUAGACAACGAAAAACAUUCACAUUAUUACUUUAAACCACAGUUUUUUUUGUUCCAGCUUUUCAUCAUACCAGCCCAUUCCUAAUCAUAUACCAAUAAGAAAUUUAGACGUUUUGUUUUCAGUCUUGUGACGACCCCUCCAGUCAUCACACAGUAUUC